UCUCGAUCAACUCUCGAUCGCCUGCCCUGGCUUGUCUGCCGUUCUAUAAGUAUCUGCGCAUUCUUCUACCUCCACACAAUCAAAAGGUUUCCCCUUCCCCUUCACCACCACCAUCACCAUCACCGUCUACAAUGUUCGGCAAGUCUACCAAACGCACCUACCCAACCAUCACCAAAACUUUCCCCUCUGCAGACGGCACUGUCAUCUACGCAGAAGCAACCGGUGACGCACGCAAGCCAGCCAUCGUCUUCGUCCCUGGCUUCGCACUGAGCGCAGCCGUCUUCGAUCCCCUAUUCACAAACGAGAAGCUGUUGGAGAAAUACUAUCUUGUCCGAUACGACCCGCGCGGACAUGCCCGUUCAGGCCAACCCGAGUCCCCAGCCGCGUACGAACCGAAGCAGUAUGCAGCCGACUUCCUCUCCCUCUGCAGGACGUUCAACCUCCGCCGCCCGCUCUGGGCCGGGUGGUCAGUAGCAGGCACAAUCUCGAGCGACAUCAUCGCCCACCUCGGGCCCUCCGCUGUCUCCGGGUUCGUCUACAUCGCUGGCGUCCCAAGCAUGGUCGGUUCCGAACCGAUGCGGAGCGCCUUCCUGAACCAGUGUGUUGGUGGCCUUCUCGCUCCGGAUGCAGCGACCCAGGCAAGGGCAUCCCUCGACUUUGUCGACGGGUGCUUUGAACGCCCGGAGCUUGUCAGCUACCAGAUGCGCAUGUCUAUGGUCGGAGCGACGUUUACCCAGUCACCGGCAGCGAGGCUGAACGUCCUCAUGCGGAAGCAGGACCCGAGCUUGCUCUUCCGCGCCGGGGCAGAAGGACUCCCAGCGCUGUUCAUCAUCGGAGAGAAGGAUAAGAUCGUUGUCCAGGAGGAAGUGCUCAAGGUGCUAAGGCAACACUGGAAGAGGCUUAUGGUGCGCGAGGUGAAAGGCGCUGGGCACGCGCCGUUCCUCGAGAACCAGCAGGAGUUUGUCGAUAGGCUUGUGGAGUUUGCAGACCAGGUGUGCUAGGCGCACCCCGGGCGUACUCUUUGUUCUCUUUCGACUCGUACUGUCUAUUGUCUACUUCCUACUGUCUAUCGUCUGUGAUCACUCGAUCUCUCUGUACAAGCUUGUAAAGGCAUAAUGUCCCAUCGUACAUACCUGCAUAUACACGAUUCCCAUC